AUGUUGUUUUGCAAACCCCUUGAAACCACCACUAAAGCGGAAGAUGUGUUCGAAGCUGUUGCUGCGUAUUUUGACAGCAACGCCAUCAAAUGGGGGAACCUUAUGGGAAUAUGCACUGAUGGGGCCCCUGCAAUGCUCGGGUCACGAAGUGGAUUUGUUAGCAGGAUGAAGCAGAGAAGCCCCAACGCAAUCGGAACUCGCUGUGUAAUUCACAAGGAAGCUUUGGCAUCCAGGACCUUGCCUCCUGCAUUGGAGGACAAGCUUGCUGUUGUCAUACGAAUUGUUAACUUCGUCAAAGCAACACCAGUCAAAUCGAGGUUGUUUGCCAGGUUGUGCAAGAAUAUGGAUUCUGAUCAUGAGGCUCUUCUGUUUCACACGGCGGUUCGAUGGCUGUCAAAAAGCAAUAUGUUAUCUCGCGUUUAUGAGAUGAGUGAGGAAGUGAAGCUAUUCCUCGAAGCGCAGGGAAAACAGGACCUCCUGCUGUCAUUCGCGUCAGACAGUUUUCAACUUGGGUUGGCAUACCUUGUUGACAUUUUUGAAGCCCUGAAUCUUCUCAAUAGAUUAUUACAAGGCAAUAAUACCAGCCGAAUAGAUCACUACGAUGCCAUACAUACGUUCAUAGCGAAACUUGGGCUAUGGCUUCGUCGAGUUGAAAGGGGAAACGCGGCAUCAUUUUCUACCCUCGAUAAAAACAAGGCUGAUCUGGAGGGAAAACUAAAGACUGAAGUGGAAGCCCAUCUCCAGCUAUUGAAGCAGGAAUUCGAGCGGUAUUUUCCAGACCUGGCUAACACUGUACUACCAGAUUGGAAAAUGGCCAGGAAUUCCUUUCGUCUCAAUGAAGCCAUUCUGCCUGACGCUUUGUAG